AUCCCUUGGUUCCACUCCCUACCCACCUCCGAGCACCGUCCUUUGGUUCCACCCCCUACCCACCUCCGAGCACCGUCCCUUGCACCAUCCCUUGGUUCCACCCCCUACCCACCUCCAAGCACCGUUCAUUGGUUCCUCCCCCUACCCACCUCCGAGCACCAUCCCUUGGUUCCACCCCCUACCCACCUCCAAGCACCGUUCAUUGGUUCCUCCCCCUACCCACCUCCAAGCACCGUCCCUUGGUUCCACCCCCUACCCACCUCCGAGCACCGUCCCUUGGUUCCACCCCCCUACCCACCUCCGAGCACCGUCCCUUGGUUCCACCCCCUACACACCUCUGAGCACCAUCCCUUGGUUCCACCCCCUACCCACCUCCGAGCACCAUCCCUUGGUUCCACCCCCUACCCACCUCCGAGCACCAUCCCUUGGUUCCACCCCCUACCCAUCUCUGAGCACCAUCCCUUGUCCACCCCCUACCCACCUCUGAGCACCAUACCUUGUCCCCCCCACCUACCCUCCUCCGAGCAC